AUGAAGGGAGGUGACUCGGCACAGGGAGGCGCCUCGAACCCUCUCACGCGUCUGCUGCACGAGGGCGGUCACGCCAUGGGGCAGCAAGCGCGACUGGGACCACACCAUGUGAGUGCAUACGGAGGAGGAGAAAACGAGAGGAUGAGGAGAGGGCAGAUGAGGGGUUGGAAGGAGGAGGUGGAAGUGGUGGUGGUGGUGGUGGUGGUGGUGGUGGUGGUGGAGAUAACGAUGAUGGAGCAGGCACAGGCGUCACAUCUCAGCCGCAUGAUGCAUGAAGAAGCUGGCGCGGCUCUUCAGGCGCAGGAGUUUGAGGCCAUGGCUUCAGCCUUCGAGCAUGAGAUGCACACGCGCGCCAUGAUGGAGGGCCCUGGUCCGUUCCCGCACGAGCUCGCCAUGCACGCGCAGCUGGAGGGGGCAGGGGGAUGGGCGGAAGAGUUUGCGGGCCCAGGACCGAUGCCGGCGAUGCUGCAUGACGCGGACGCAUGGGCACACGAGAUGGCGAUGCGACAUGCUCACUUGGCGGGGCCGCACCGACUGCCGGGGAUGGGGGCGAUGGGGAUGCCGAGCUUGCCGAUGGCGAUGAUGGCAGCCAAGGGCGGGCCAUGGCGGGGGCGAGGGGCCUGCAGAUGCAGCAUGAGAUGCGAAUGCAAGCGAUGGAGCGACGCGGGCUGA